AUGGCUUCUGAAAAGGUCAAAGACGAGCCAACGGAAGAGGAGUUGAGCUUCCCGAAACUGGCUAACUCUUCAAGUCUUUCCUCGAAACAAAGUCAACGUCCUUCCGUCGAGCUAGCCCAUACGAAGAAUAGUAGUUCAUAUAACGAAACGCUGAAAGCUCCAAGAUGUUUAAAUGCGUAUGGACUCAAACCAAGCACCGUUCCACCCUUUGCAUUGGACGAAGAGAUUAAGAAGCUCAAGCUUCGAAAUUCGCAAAAUGUUAACAGUGUUCUAGAUGACGAAUUUAGGAAAUACUGUAAGGACCCUUUCCUUGUGUCGCAUAACGAGCAAUGGAAUGCUUUCAUUGAAAACGUCGGGUCAAACGUAGCUUACAUGACCAAGGGAGUAAACGGCAAUGUUACCUCCAAUGGAACUGUAUAUCAAGAUACUGCUACGAUUUCAAGUGCAUCGCUUGAUAAGGAAAAGGAUAAUAAUGGAGCCGAUUCACAGUCGACUGAUACGGAAACGGAGCGAGAACAGGUACGGAAAGAGGUAUUCGAAAAUUUAGAUGGGGCAUGGGAGGGUGAUCAGCGUUUGAAGGCUGUUUUCAAUGAGCCAAUGCUUCAUAACUACAACUUCACUAAUCAGCAGGAUCGUAGUGACUGGACAGAUUAUCUCGAGCAGGUCAAGAGAUUUUACUAUGGAAAUAAUGAGUCAGUUGGGAACAUGGACAGAGGAAAUGUUGAGGAUGAGAAUGGAAAAGUAACCUCUUUUCUAGAUAGGCAGAAGGCCGAAUUCAAAAAGAAAAAGAAGCGCUGGCGGCAACUGGAGAAACGCAAGAAGCAGAAAUGGCAGCCGAUGUUGGAAAAGAUGCUAUUGGACAAUCAGUAUGUUCCUCUAAGUUUCAGGAUCUUCAUUGUCAUUCUCUGCGUUAUUGCAUUGGGUCUGGCUAUUAGGAUCUACCAGAAUUCCAAUUCAACCAUUGACGCUCUUGACGUCUCUGUUCCGCAACAGGCAAGUACUAUAAUGGCAAUUUGCGUCAAUUCCAUUGCAAUUUUUUAUUUGAUUUUCAUUGCACAUGAUGAAUUUUCGGGCAAGCCCUUGGGAUUAAGGAAUCCUUUUGGGAAACUUCGACUCAUUCUUUUGGAUUUGUUAUUCAUUAUAUUCUCAAGUGCAAAUUUGGCCUUAACCUUCAAUACCCUUUACGACAAACAAUGGGUAUGCACUUCAUCUGGUGACCAAGAGCUUCCCAAGAUUGGCUAUAUUUGUAGAAAACAGCGGGCGUUGGCUUCUUUCUUGUUUGUAGUAUUAUCAAUGUGGGUCUUGACGUUUACCAUUAGCAUUGUGAGGGUUGUUGAGAAGGUCAGCUCCUCCUCACCAAGAUAA